UUGUCCCCAAUAGCAAGAAAGAUGGCGACUGACAGCAGCUCGGAAAGCAAAGAUGAGAAUGCGGCACUUUUGGAGAAGGACUCGAACCAGGACGAGGACGAGCGUGGUUUAUGUGACACAGUUGCCAAAGUAAAGGAAUCAAAAUUAACUCUUUACCACUGGACACAGUCGUUUAAUUCGCAGAAGGUGCGUCUGGCCAUAGCGGAGAAAGGUUUGCGCUGCGUGGAGUAUGACGUUAGCUUACCACUCAGCGAGCACAAUGAGCCGUGGUUUAUGCGUCUCAAUCCCACUGGGGAGGUUCCGGUGCUGGUCCAUGACGACAAUGUCAUCUGUGACCCCACGCAGAUCAUGGACUACCUGGAGCAGAACUUCAGUGACGCUUUAUCCUGUUGGCUUAAAUGGAGCACAUCUGAGGGCACCCCCAGGCUGAUCCCGGAAGAGGGAAGCACGUACUACCACAGAGUGCAGCACUACAGGGAGCUGCUGGACUCGCUACAGAUGGACGCCUACACCCACGGCUGCAUCCUCCACCCGGAGAUCACCGUGGAUUCGCACAUACCGACGUACGCCGCCACAAGCAUUCGCACGCAGAUCCUAAACACGGAAUCGGAGCUGAAGAAACUGGCAGCGGAAAACCCGGAGCUGAAGGACGCUUAUGUAGCCAAACAGAGGCGCUUAAAGUCCAAGCUGUUCGACCACGACAACAUGAAGUACCUGAAGAAGCUUCUGGAUGAACUGGAGAGCGUGAUGGACCAGGUGGAGACGGAGCUGCAGAGGCGGGUGGAAGAGACGCCAGAAGAAAACAGUCAGUCGUGGCUGUGCGGCGAGUUCUUCAGCAUGGCCGACGUCUCCUUGGCCGUCACCCUGCACCGCCUCAAGUUCAUCGGCCUCUCCCGCCGCUACUGGGGCAACGGCAGCCGCGCCAACCUGGAGGGCUACUACGAGUGCGUGCUGGAGCGGCCGGCCUUCAGGAGAGUCCUGGGCCACGUCAACAACAUCCUGAUUUCCGCCGUGCUUCCCGUGGCGUUCCGCGUGGCCCGGAAGAACGCCCCGGUCAUCGCCGGCACCACCUUGCUGAUCGGCCUGUUGGGCGGAGUCACGUACCUGGCCUUUCUUUACAUGAAGAGGAGGUUGACUCUGUCCAGUUGGGGCGGCUGGAGCUGAAUUCCUGGGCUAGCAAACAUUCUGCACAUUUAAACAUUUUUGCAUCUUUUCAGUACUGUGCAAAAGGCCACUCGCUGCUCUAUUGGAAUUUUGUACAUAGAAGAUGUUAUGUAACAGGACAGUAAUCCCUUGCUUAUGAUUAAUUGGUUCCAAACCUGACCGGAAUAAGUCAAUUUGCCGCAAAAGUAGAUUCUCAUUUAUAAAUUUAAUAAUUUCGUUAUUAGAACACAGGAAACAUACGGCCAUCUAAGUACGUUUUUUUAACAUUAGAGCCCUCUAGACAUGAAAUAACACCCCUAUAGUCAUAUUUACACUCAUAUUACCCGUUAUAGUAAACACAAUAAGAUUAAAAAAAAAUAAGACUUGUGUUCAUGUGUGUUUCUGUAAAGGUGCUCCGGUGGUGGGCGAACAGGAAGUGAUGUCGGGGGGGGGUUCAGAGUUGAGUUUUAGCUCGACACGACAUGGGUUACACCCGCAACAGUUGCCCAUGUCAGGAUAUAUUAUCGUGCCUGUUGUGAUAUAAUUAAAACCUGCAAUAAAAGCCUGUUAACGGCGAUAGAGGCUGGUGCUUGUGUGUCUCACCCGACAUUACAGUAACAUUAGUGACCCCUAGUGACGGUGCGGAAUACAACAUAUCGUUAGAGUCUUCUGAAUACCUUAUAGUUCAUUUAGUCAUUCGCUUGAAAAUGCUUCACUUAGGCAAAAAAUAGGGAAAAGUCGAAAUAGGCCGUACUCAACGCACGAUUAAAAAAAAAAAAAAACAUAAAAUGAAGCCACAAAAUUCGACUUAGCGAGGGAUUACUGUUCAAAAAAAUGCAAUCUAUGGAACAACAAUAAUGAUAUUGUCACUAUGUUCCACCAACCAGGAAGUAGCCUGAUUGACAAAGACCAAUUCCACGCUCCGCAGGCCAAUGCAGUACUUUUGCACAGUACAUGAUGCAAUUCUAAUGCAACAAGUGCAGUAAAAUCUUAAAAAAAAAAACGUGUUCCAAAUGUAUGCAGUUUGGCUGCUUCUCAUUUCCAUGACAUUUAAAUGUAUUCCUGGUUUAAAUCCAAGCUGAACAUUGUUUAAACAAGAUUCCUUGU